AUGGACUGCCGAAAAACGAGGGAUACAUCGUUGUCCCAGAGUAUGUCCAUACCGACGUUGAUGAAUGUAAAAACACGGGAAUACUACGACGUUUUGAAUAAAAGGACUCAACUGGUCGGUCGUGCUGGAUUCGGUGCUGAUCUAGAAAUAUCAGAUGAUACAUCCAUUAGCCGUUGUCAUGCAGAACUCAUUCUUGUCAAAGAAGUAGUCGGCAGUCAAGUGAAACUCUUUUUGACUCUAGUGGACAAGAAAUCAAAGUAUGGAACAUUUAUAAAUGCUCUGGAUAAACAAAUUGAAAGUAAUAUCACUAAAGUUUUAAAUUUUGGUGACACAAUUCGUUUUGGCAUAAUGAAUAGCAUUUGGACUGUUGAGGAAUAUCCUUUAAUGGCUUGUCCGUCAACAUUGAGAACUGCUGAAAAAGAAGCAUUGAAACAUCUAAUGACAAAAAUGGGAGGACAAGUAUCGCGUGAUUGGUCUGUAGAAUGUACACAUCUCUGUAUGAAUUCUGUCACUGUUACAGAAAAGGUGUUAUUAUGUCUAGCAUCAGCAAAAUCAAUAGUACCCCUUCAGUAUUUUAUUGAUUUAUGUAAAGCAUUAUCACCUGAUUCGUUGUCGGAAGUACCGUUCUGUAUGGAUUACAAGCCUAAAUUGGUCGAAAGUCUUUUAAACCCAAAUUCAUUGUCGUUAGAUGUGAAUAACAAACGUAAAACACUAUUUUCUGGAAAAACAUUUAUAUGUUCUACAGUUAAUCAAUUAAAUCGUCUUUCAAAAUUGGUGAAAUUAGCAGGUGGAGAAAUUAUGAAUUAUUCUGAUGGAAUUUUAUCUGAUGAUGAUAUUUUAAGCUGUACACAAUAUAUUCUACUGCAACAAGAUCCACACAAUGAGGAAAAUGAUUAUAUGUACCAACAAAUUCUGGAAAAACUUAAGAUUGCAAACAAAAGAUCAAUACCAGAAAAUGAUAUUGGAUUUGCCGUAAUUUUUUCAAAUACUACAAAACAUUGCAACUCUGAUUUCAAUGUUUCCUUAGUUAAUCUUGAAUCUCAGUCCAAUUUAAUUAAAUCACAAGAGUCCGUUGUCUUGGCUCCUGAAACUGAGGUUUUAACUGUUAAUGAUAGUGAAAUAUUUUCAGUAAAUACCAUACCAGAUUCUCUUCCAAACACCAUACCAGACUCUCUUCCAAACACCAUACCAGAUUCUCAUCCAAACACCAUACCAGAUUCUCAUCCAAACACUGAAAGUGCCUUUAAGAGACCAUUAGAAGUUGUAUCUGACUCUGAAGAAAUGAUGUUACCAACAAAACGUCCCUUAUUGGCAAAUAGUGAAGAAAAAAAUAACACUAUACAAACAAUAAGAAUGGAAGAGGAUUUAAAACCGUUCCAAAACUUAAUUGAACCAACUCCAUCCAGUAGUAACCAUGAUGUGCAAAGUCAUAUUCCUAAAACCCAAGCAGUUGAUAACACAUUUACAAAUGAUAAUUUGUGUUUAACCACAGCGUCAAGCUCACAGUACAUUUCAAGCACCAGUAAAUUGUCAGCUUGGCUUCAAGGCACCGUAGCUGACAAUAAUGUGAACAAUACUAAUAAUUUACAAUCGAAGACUGUUGAAAACCUGGCUGUUCCUACAAAAAGAAAAAUAUCAAAUGAUCAUCCAGUGUUUAAUAACGAAAACGAAGACCCAUUUAACUAUAUGGAUAUCGACGAAGUUGAAGAACAUCCAAAAAAAAAGCCUAAAAAAAGAGCUAUGGAUUCAAUAUUUUUUCCUAUGGUUGACAUAUCUAACAAUAAAAGUGAACCAUCUAAAACUGUGGAGACUAAUCCCAAUAUAGCGGUAGACCCAAAUUUUAUUAUGAAUUUACUCUCAGAGGCCAAAGGUACUGGACAGUUCAUAGAUGCGAGUAUACUGUCUAAUAUAUCGUCUGCUAAUACACAUGAAAAUACUGAAUACGAUUACUUGUUAAAUUCGGUCAUUGUGGAAACUGUCAGUAUGGUGGUAUCCAGACCUACACAAACUGCAAACAUCAUUCAAGGAAAUAAUAGUAACCUUAGAAACUUCAAAAAAUUCAAGAAGAAAGGGCCAUCCAUGCGAAUUCCAUAUAUUGUUCCAAUGGAAUUCACUCAAAUCGAUUAA